CCGCUAGUUUGCAGUAGGGAAUCUCCGUGGAGGGUCAACAAAAGGCUUUAAACCAAAGGGCCUGGCCGUAGAUAAAACCCGCCUCAUGCCCGGUUGCGGAUUGUGACUGUAGAACGCGCCUUUACCCUCGAGUGACACGAAACUUCUCCUCCCGAGAGUAUUUUAUAUUUUCAAAUUAUUACACAGGAUACCGCAUUCGAGAUUCUGAGAAGAUAUACGAGCUCUUUCGAAUACCACCCCUCCACUCUUUUUCCUCCUCGAGAAUGGCCAACCCCCCGCAUGGCGGAAUCCUCAAGGAUCUGAUCGCGCGCGAUGCGCCCCGGCGCAAGGAGCUCUUCGACGAGGCCGAGACACUCCCCGCGAUUGUCCUGUCUGAGAGGCAGCUGUGCGAUUUGGAACUCAUUCUGAACGGUGGCUUUUCGCCGUUGGAGGGUUUCCUGAACCAGAAGGACUACGACGGCGUCGUGGCCAAUAACCGCCUCGCCGAUGGUAACCUGUUCUCCAUCCCAAUCACCCUCGAUAUUUCAAAGGAGACGAUCCAGGAGGUCGGCGUCCAGCCUGGAGCCCGCAUCGCUCUGCGCGAUUUCCGCGACGACCGCAACCUCGCCAUCAUCACCAUCGAGGACGUAUACCAGCCCGACAAGCAGAAGGAGGCCAAGGAGGUGUUUGGCGGCGACGCAGAGCACCCGGCCAUCAAGUACCUCUUCGAGUCCGCAAAGGAGUUCUAUGUCGGCGGCAAGGUCGACGCCAUUGACAGGCUGGAGCACUACGACUAUGUCGGCCUCCGCUAUACCCCCGCAGAGCUGCGUCUGCACUUUGACAAGCUUGGCUGGUCCAAGGUCGUUGCGUUCCAGACGAGGAACCCUAUGCACCGCGCCCAUCGCGAGCUGACUGUCCGCGCUGCCCGCGCCCGCCAGGCCAAUGUGCUCAUCCACCCCGUCGUGGGCCUCACAAAGCCCGGUGACAUCGACCACUUCACCCGUGUGCGUGUGUACCAGGCGCUGAUGCCCCGCUAUCCCAACGGCAUGGCUGUGCUUGCUCUGCUCCCGCUCGCCAUGCGCAUGGCUGGUCCCCGUGAGGCCAUCUGGCACGCCAUCAUCCGCAAGAACCACGGUGCUACCCACUUCAUUGUUGGUCGUGACCACGCUGGUCCCGGCAAGAACUCCAAGGGCGUCGACUUUUACGGUCCGUACGACGCCCAGGACGCGGUCGAGAAGUACAGGGACGAGCUGGGCAUUGAAGUCGUGCCCUUUUUGCAGAUGACCUAUCUGCCCGACUCGGACGAGUACAAGCCCAAGAACGAGGUUGAGCAGGGCAUCAAGACGCUCGACAUCUCAGGAACAGAACUCCGCAAACGCCUCCGCACCGGCCAGGAAAUCCCCGAAUGGUUCUCGUACCCCGAAGUCGUCCGCGUCCUGCGCGAAUCCCACCCACCCCGCAGCCAACAAGGCUUCACCGUCUUCCUCACAGGCUACCAGAACAGCGGCAAAGACGCCAUCGCGCGCGCGCUAAACGUCACGCUCAACCAGCAAGGCGGGCGGUCCGUCUCGCUGCUCCUGGGCGACACGGUGCGCUCUGAGCUCAGCAGCGAGCUAGGCUUCAGCCGCUCCGACCGCAACAAGAACAUCGCGCGCAUUGCCUUCGUCGCAUCCGAGCUGACCAAAGCGGGCGCCGCGGCGAUUGUCGCUCCCAUCGCGCCGUUUGAAGACAGCAGGAAGGCGGCGCGCGAGUCGGUCGAGAAGUACGGCUCCUUCUACCUCAUCCACGUUGCGACGCCGCUCGAGCAUGCCGAGAAGACGGACAAGCGCGGCAUCUACAAGGCGGCGCGAGCCGGCGAGAUCAAGGGCUUCACGGGUGUCGAUGACCCGUAUGAGGUGCCUGCCAAGGCCGACUUGGUCGUUGAUCUGUCGACGAGCAAUGUCCGGACGGCGGUGCAUCAGAUUGUGCUGCUGCUCGAGAGCCAGGGUCUGUUGACGCAGCUAUAAGUCCGUGGCUGUUGAUGGCAGGUAGAUGUUUAUGACGGUGUUUGAUGGAUGGGUCUUUGCUUGGAUGCAGUGGGGUUUAGAAUGGUUUCAUGAUGAAUGUUCAAGACGCAUGAUAGAACGAUUGAUAGUUAGGUUCGAAGAGUGAAUGAAUCAACUGGUAUACCUUGACAUACCGAGGAAACCUUUUGUCAACCCAUGAAUCCCAACACUUCCCUCCCUCCUUCCACUCAGACAUUCCGCUCCGCAAACCACCCCCUCAAAACCUCAAUCUCACG